AUGCUUCGCAGAUGGUUUCCACGUUCACUCACUAGUACGAUUCUAACAUGCAGCAAUAACAUUAGUCCAUACAGUAAUCAUAAUAGCAAUGGUAAUAAGAGUAGUAGUGGUAUGGGAAACUGGCAACCACGACGAAAACAACAAACUCGUUUCUCUAAAGAAGCAUUAGCGCAAAGCCGACACCGUCAUCAUCUACAGAAGGAAACGGCAGCAUUACGGCAUAGAAUUAACGAAGAACAGGGAUUACAACAACAACAACACGCACAGAUGCGACGAUUGUAUACAAAUACAGCGACAAAACUCAUACAUAAUGCCUCACGGUCUACAGGAGUCUCUGCAGGAGAUGCAAUGGCAACAGCGAGACAUUUAUUAAUGCUUCAGGAGGCCACACGGAAAGAAAUGAAACGUGGGAAGAAGGGAAGAAAGGAACUCUUCACAGAGAAUAAGAGAUGGUUGAGGUAA